AAUGGUAUAUUUACAGAGAUGGCAAAAUAAUGGAUUCUGAAGAAAUUGAUUGUAGUUUGAACCACAAUGAAGACGACCCGAAUGAGGACAUACAUGUUUGUACACGAUAUGAAAAAUUAAAGGACAAUCUUCAAAACAACGAUAAUUUGAUAAUAACAGCUUCUUCAGCGAAUGGAGGAUUUCUGAAAUUGAACAACUACGAUUACUCAAUAGUCGGGGAAGCCGAUUAUCCCGUGUAUUACGAGGGCAAAUCUGUAACGAGGAAUUUGACCAUAACUGUCGACAUCGAGGCACCAACACAUUGCUCUCUUAAUGUUCCACGUGAUAAGGCUUGCAUUGGAUAUGCACUUAACAUCGGUGAUCCAUACACUACAUUGAGUGAGCUGAAAGUGAAAUGGUCAACAUGGGUGGACUAUAUUUCUGGAUUGACAGCAACGUCUUAUGACCCCAGAAUUUGCAAAAUGGUUGAACAUAAUGACGUUCUUAUUUUUGAUGACACUUGUGUCGGUCUUCAUCAUUUUAAAAUUGGAAAUUAUUACGAGGCAGAAUCUGAGCUAACCUCUCCAGGUGUAUACUGUGCCGUGUUGACCGUUAGUGACGUUGCUAGCAACAUUCGUCUUGCUAGACGCUGCCUUAUUUUUGAUAACCAAAGUGAAAUAUCGAUUGCUGAUGACAAACCUAUAACAUGGAAAUCUGUUGAUAAUAUUCUUGAAGUGUCAUGGCAGGGUCAUUUUGUUAACCAACUACACAUAGACCAAAGUAUGUUGCACGCUAUUGAAAUUGAAAAUGACGUCAUUAAUGAAGCCUAUGAUUCUGACGCUUUACCAGCAGGGCGUACUCUAUCGUCCAUUGAUAAUCGACUUGGAAUUGUAAAGUUUGAAGUUGGAGUGGCUAAAGAUGGACUUCAGCCAAACUGGAUGGCUUUACCAAAUGAUCUGGAGGAAAUGUUUGUCUACCAAGUGAAUAAUGGAGAAGAAAUCAUUACAUUUUGGAUUCGAGCGACGGAUGUUAUUAAUAACACAAAAACCGAUUUUGUAUCAAUUCACAUUGAUUCCCUGUCACUGAGUAUUGGACACAUAGGUGGCAUUGCUGGGGGUGGUGUAGUGUUUGUGAUCCUGGCUUUGCUUCUUGUUGUAGUUCUGUUCAAAGCAAAAACUAAACGACAGAACCCUCAAACGUUUGAAGAUAACACUGGACAUGAAAUCCCAGCCUACACCAAUGUACAACCUAAUCCAUAUGCCACUUCACUUUACCCUCCGCCUGAAUAUAUGCCCUACCUGCCAGGUGCCGCAAAUACAAAGAAGGAGUUAGUGGAAGACGUGUACACUGUACCAUUUUCACAAGGAGUAAUCAUGCAAGAAAUCAAUACAGCAAAUGAGAUUCAUCCAGACGAAUUACGUAAAGAUGACGUAAUCCUUAAAGGAAACCACUCCCUUGUGUAUAGAGGUAAAGUUCCCUGCCUUGGUUUGACAGACGUCGCAAUCAAGACUGUAAAAGAGGAUCAUAGUUUCAAGGAAAAGGAAAGAAUGUUACGCGAAAUAAAGAUGAUCAGACUGUUGCCAAGGCAUGAAAACAUUAUCCGAUUACUUGGCUUCACAAGCAUCAGGGAUCCGGUCGCCUUGGUAUUGGAGUUUGCGCCGUAUGCAGAUCUUUCAAAAUAUCUACAAUCUCUCGCUCAAGAAUCACCAUACGAUAACCAAAUUGAGCAAAUACCAUCUGCUCGGCUGUGUACGUACGCGCAGCAAGUGUGUUCUGGAAUGCUGCAUAUCCAACAUAAAAAGGUAUAG